AUGGUUGCGUCAUUAGAGUUCUGUCCCAAACACAUUGACCAGCGCCUGACGUUCUACUGCCAACCCUGUGCCGAGCUCGUCUGCCGAGACUGCACCAUUACCGAGCACCGCCCAGGACUGAACCACAACCCACAGGACCUCAGUGAUGUCACACAGAAGUUCAAGGCUGAACUGCAGAUGUUAGUGAGGCAAACCCAGGAUACAGCUGACACUUUGACAAAAACUAAAGCAACUGUUGAUGAAGAACUCACAAGCAUCACAACAAACUGUCAAACAGUAAAAAAAGAAAUGUUGCAACAUUUUGCACAGCUGAAAGCAAAACUAGAAAAUGCAAUGCAAGAACUUACAGACAGGCUAGAGAAGAUGGAAAAGACCCAAAAGGAACCGCUCUUUGCAGAGAUUAAAGUCUUGGAGGAGACCUACAAAUCCACAGAAGAUGAACUAAAGUUCUGCAGAGAUGUUCUUGCUCGAGAUAAUGAUGUAGAAAUCCUCACACUUGGACAGCAGCUAGAAAAUAGGCUUAAGGUUUUAAGUGCAAAGCAGAUCUCACAUGGAGGAUUGAAAGAGCAGAUAUCAUUUCAGCCUAAGACAGAGAUGUUCACAUGCAAUUUAGGGUCUCUUUCAGUGUGCAAUACAAGUAUUCUAGUCACAAUUCUCCCUGUAGAAAGCCUGCCAACUACAGUCAUCUUUACACCACAGGAAGGCCAUUUUCAGGGAACUCCACAAGUCACAGUCACCUCCCCUGUGGGGCAGUGUGCUAGAUUAGACACUACAGAAACGAGUGAGGGGGUGUUUGAAGCAGUCUGGAGACCACAAACAUCAGGGAAGCAUGAGGUGGGGGUGACUACAAGAGGAGGGGCUCGUGCUACAGGGGGUGGGGUGAGUUUGUGUUCCCCUCUCAUUGUAGAUGUGCACAGUAACAACCCUGUGCUGAGGUUUGGUCAAGAGGGAAGCCAGGAGGGGCAGUUUAACAGACCUACAGAUGUAGCAGUCAGUGGGGACAGGCUAUAUGUGGCUGAUGCUUGGAACCAGCGUGUUCAGGUGUUCGACCUGAGUGGGAACUUAGACUUCUCAUUUCAUACAACUGCAAACACUGUAUCAGUUGCAGUUCAUACUGAUGGCACCAUAGUGGUGAGAUCUGGGAAAGAAGUGAUGGCAUUUUCCCCAUCGGGAAAACUGCUGCACAAAUUUCCUUUAUGUGAAAAUUGCACAAACCCUUUCGGCCUGGCAGUACAGAAGGACGGGAGGGUUCUUGUAGCCGAUCGAGGUAAACACAGCAUUUUCCUGUUUGAGGCAGAUGGGACACUAGUGAAACAGAUGGGAGGGCAGGGGAAGGGGGAGGGACAGUUUGACUUGCCCUGUUUCAUCUGUGUGGAUGAAGAAGACAACAUCAUUGUAGCAGAAAAAGACAACAGCCGUGUUCAAGUGUUUGACAAGAAUUUUAACUUCCAACACAAGUUUGGUCAGAAAGGUAGACAGCCACAGGACAUGUGGGACCCUACAGGGGUAUCAGCUGACAGCAGGGGGAACAUAGUUCUGGGAAACAUUGGAAUGGAAUCUAAUGUAGGUGGUGUACAAUAUGGCAAGAAGCUUCAGGUGUUCCGCCCAGACGGCACCUGGGUGUCCACCAUUAGCAGUGAGGGGGACAAACUGAGCAAACCCCAUGGAGUGGCUGUGACAGAGGAUGGACAUCUGUUUGUAGCUGAUCCAAAAGACCACUGUAUCAGGAAGUACAGAUACAUGUGA